GGGGUUCUGGGUGUUUUUUUUUGCGCGAUCUAAAAUGAAUGCGUGAGGCGGCGUCAGAAACUGCAGAGUUGCUGGAAUUCAUGUGAACAUGUUGAAGAGAAAGAAGCCUCAUAGGAAGCGUAGCAAAGCAGAUGCAAGCGAUCCCGUUGCCUACAAACAGCGCAGUAUUGUGGGAAGUAAAGUGCAGCAUGGAUGGAGGGAGAAGACGGGCGUGGUUACCCAGUGGAAGGGGACAGUCUUGGACCAGCUGCCAGUUAACCCCUCACUCUUCUUGGUGAAAUACGACGAUUUCGACUGUGUGUAUGGGAUCGAACUUUUCAAAGAUGACAGGGUCUCAGGACUUGAAAUACUGCCUGACAAAAGUGGUCGAACAAAAAUAAUGGAUGGGGAUUUGGCGGAGCUAAUAGUUGGCAAAGCAGUGGAACACAUGUUCGAAAAGGAUGACGGAUCCAAAAAUGAAUGGCGAGGGAUGGUGUUGGCACGUGCACCUGUCAUGACCACUUGGUAUUAUAUCACCUAUGAAAAGGACCCUGUUCUGUAUAUGUACCAACUACUUGAGGAUUACAAAGAGGGAGAUCUCCGCAUCCUGCCAGAUUCAGAGAACAAGCAAGUUCUGCCGACUGAGCCUGGCGAAGUGAUCGAAAGUCUCGUGGGAAAGCAAGUGGAGUAUGUGACCGAAGAUGGCACAAAGAGAACGGGGUUGGUGAUUCACCAAGUGCAAGCCAAACCGUCAGUCUAUUUCAUCAAGUUUGAUGACGAUUUUCACAUUUAUGUGUAUGACUUGGUCAAAACCUCCUAGCUGCAUGCAACGCUUGUCAUUGCCUUCACUAAGAGAUUUUACUGUGAACUGUGAGCUGAUCACUGAAGAGACUUGUGUUCUUUAUGUUAGCCCUCCAUGUGUUCAUUUACGAGACUUUGAAAGGUGACGUAUACACAUCCAUAUUUUUGACAUUUCCCUAGCACUUGGCUCAGCACGGUGUUUUGUUACACCAAUCAUUGUGAUCAUCCCAGCUUCCGCGGGUUGUAACAUUGUCUGCAAGGCCAAAGGAAAGGUCCUUCGCUGCUGAGUUUUGUGGUCCCAGCACUGUUGGACUCCUGAACUUACAAGGAUAAGUUUUUCCUUUUGUUUCCACUGUGAUCUUUUUGAUGGGAACAGCUUGUGCGAGGGAUUAAAUGUGACUGCGGUCACCGUGGGCUACACUAGGCUUCCCUAUAACUGGCUAUGGCAAGGCUCCUUCCUCUUGAGUGGAGGGUGUAAUUGGGACACAGGGAAUACAUUGACCAAAUUAGGCAAUAGAAUCCUGUUAUAAAAGUGGGUCAAAUGGAUCCUAAAUUGUUUGAAAGAUUUUAUGUUUGUCUUCAAAAUGUGUGAUUUAUCCUAGAUAGAACACAUUUUCUAAUUUUUGUCAAAAGAGCAGAUCAGAAGAAACAAGAAUUGAACUUGGUUAUGCUGAAGGGCGAAAAUAUUUUGGGUAGGGAAUUACAUAAAGCUAUGUUUGUGGCUUUUGUUUCACUAUUUCUGAUUGGUUGUGAUGACUGGUGUCAUGCAUGCUGAUCAGCUCCCUUGUAGAGUUUCCUGUGUUAAGCAUCCAUAUGUUAUAAUGCACUAUUCCCAUGUCUCACAUAGAUCCCAUGUCGAAGUCUGUGUGUGUGUGUGUGUGUGUGUGUGUGUGUGUGUGUGUGUGAGAGAGAGAGAGGGAGAAUUGUUCUGUCAUAUCUACCAUGCUCAGGCUAACAGAAAGAAUAUUGUCUCUUGGUUGUGCAACUUUUGCAAGACUCAUUGGAUAUCAGAUUUGUCUUUAUUUUGUGUCCUUGGCUUUGUUUAAAAAGGUAAAUAUAAGUAGCAUUUUGGAUAUAAUGGCCUUACUCCUUUUGAAGCAAAACUCUUCCAACUUUCAGUCCCAACUGUGUGCUUCUGUGUGGGAGGUGUGCUUUCCCGUGUUCUGUUACUUCUGUUUUGAUUAUAACUAAUAAUUUAGAAAGAGGGCUAGAAGGUUUCUCAUGGGGAAACAAGCUGCCACCUCCCUUCCAACUCUACUGUCCCUCCCCUCUUUAAAACAAAUGCCUUUGUCCAUCAGCCAGAACUCUGUGCAACUCACCGAACACACGUAACCAGAAACAAUCCUAUCUGCUCCCUCCCCCCCCCAAAAGAAGCAGUAAAGUAGGAGGGGGCAGGAUGAUGUGGCAACGAAGUUAAAAUUUUUACUUGAUCCAGUGUGAAAGAUUACUGCACUUGGUGAACUUUCCUUUGUUCUGUCUCUGAACUAGAUGGGGAAAUUCUGACGAUUGGCAGUGUUAACACAGCAAAGCACUUAAGCUGCUUCUGUAGGAGUGUUUCAGGAGCAGUUACUUGUUGGGCAUUGUCUCUCUCUCGUCGUCAGAGCACAGUGGCUGAACAACUAAGGUCACUCACAGUGGCUCUGGGAUUUCCUGCUUCUAUGCACUGAAUCAGGGAAGUCACUGCUGGUUAAAUGAGGGAAUGUCAGUGAAGGAUGACAGCCUCAUCGGCAUUUUCCCACACAGUCCAGGCGAGCAUGUUAUUAUCCAUGUGUGGUAAAAGUCUGCUUGGCAUGGGCAGAGCCUCCACACCCUGGAGGGGAAAUACUUCAUUAUGUCAUGAGAAUUAUUUUUAAUUCUCUCUUUGCUUUCAGUCUCUACUUCAUAAAGCAUGUCAGAGUUACAGUCCCUACGCCUUUAUCAGUGUGUGCUCAAUGCUAAAUGUUCGGAGAGACAGGAAAUCGUUACAUUCCUGCCAAUAAAUAUAACAUAUUGAUUUGCUGCUGCAAUUUGAGAUCAUUAGACAUAGGAGCAGAAUUAAGCCAUUCAGCCCUUUGAGUCUGUUCUGUUAUUUAGGGAGAAUGUUUCACAUAACAACAGCAUGGUAUCAGCUCGGGUUGACAGUGCUGUUUGAUGUCUGUGAAUUUGGAUUAAGGAGCACAACCACGGAUGAAGCCAUUUCCAAUUUAGAUUGCCAUUGAGUGAAAAGAGCAGAGGUUCAGACUUGCAUGUAGAAAAGAUAACCUAAAUUCUGUAAGAUCUCAAUGGCCCAAAUAAUUUUGCUCACAGACUUUUUACUGGUCGUUAUUAUUUUAAGCAGUGAUGCCAGCCUUAAAAGUAUCAUCUUAGAUGGAAGUCAUUGAAUGGUCCCACUGCUCAAGAAGAGAGAAUCUAUUCUCAUCACCAUGAUGGGAACUCCAUCUUGGAAGGUUGUCAGAGGAGUCAGUUUUGCUGUUAGAUCAUUGUUCCCUCCCAAAUUAAUUACCACAUCACUCCCAUUUUACUGCACUAUCAGUUUUUAUUUAGCACUUGAUGUUGCUACUAAUUAUACAGUACCAGCAAUGAGUAUGGGCAUUGCCAAUGCUGAACGUGGUUUCCUAAACUAGACUUUAAGCUUGGCAGACUUGUACAAAGUUCAGAGUAAAUUUAUUAUCUUAAGUACAUAUAUGUCAUUGACCGUGAGAUUCAUCUUCUUGCAGGCAGUCAUAUUAAAUACAAGAAUCAUAGUAGAAUCAAUGAAAGGCCACAUCUACAGAGUGGACAAAAAAAAGUGCAAACAAAAACCCAUAACAAAUUGUGCAAGUAUAAUAAGAAAAUGAAUGAAUGAAUAAAUAAGCAAUAGAUAUAAAAAAUAUGAGCUGAAGUGUCCUUGAAAGUGAGUCCAUAGGUUAAAGGAACAAUCAGUGAUGGGGCGAAUGAAGUUAACCCCUCGGGCUCAAGAGAUGAUGUUUGAGGGUUAAUAAUAGUUCCUGAACCCUGGUGGUGUGGGUCCUUGGGCUCUUGUACCUUCUUCCUUAUGGUAGCAACAGGAAGAGAGCACGGCCUGUUUGGUGGGGUCCCUGAUGAUGGAUGCUGCUUUCCUGCAACAACGCUCAGUAUAGAUGCGCUCAGUGGAGGGGAAGGCUUUACCUAUGAUGGACUCAGCUUUAUCCACUACUUUUUGUAGGCUUUUCCAUAAAAGGGCAUUGGUGUUUCCAUACCAGGCCGUGAUGCAACCAGUCAAUAUAAUCUCCUUCACUCAUCCAUAGAAGUUUGUCAGAGCUUUAGAUGUCAUGCCGAAUCUUCGUAAACUCUUAAGGAAGUAGAGGCACUUUCUUCAUAAUGGCACUUAAAUGUUGGACCCAGGACAGAUCUUCUGAAAUGAUAACACCGAGGAAUUUAAAGUUGCUGAUCCUCUUGGCCUUUGAUCCCCUGAUGAGGACUGAUACAUGGACCUCUGGCUUUCUCCUCCUGCAGUCAAUAAUCAUCUCUUUCGUCUUGCUGAUAUUGAGUAAGAGUCUGUUGCUGUGGCACCACUCAGCCAGGUUUUCAGUCUCCCUCCUGUAUGCUAAUUUGUCACCACCUUUGAUUUGGCCAACAACAGUGAUAUCAGCAAACUUAAAUAGGGGCAUUGGACAUGUGCUUAGCCUCACAGUCAUAAAUAUAACUGUGAGUAGGGGCUAAGAACACAGACUUGUGUUGCACCUGUGCUGAGGGAGAUUGUGGAGGAGGUGUUCCUGCCAAUCUCAACUGACUGGGGUCUCCAAGUGAGGGAAUCGAGGAUCCUGUUGCAUACAAAGCUAUUGAGGCCUAGGUCUUGAAGCUGACUGAUCAGUUUCGAGAGGAUGACAGUAAUGCUGAGCUGUAGUCAAUGAAAAGUUUCCUGAUGAAUGCAUUUGAUGUUGAGGUGUAUGCUACUGGCACAGAAGCGAAAAUGCUCUCAAGGUAUAUGUAUAUAUAAUUAUAAAAUAUGCAACACAUACAAAAGAAAUAUUAUUCAUUAUUGAUCUAUGUAUAUAAACUUUCUUUUUCUUCCCCUUGCUAUUUGGGCUGGGGAGCUGGUGUUAUUUUAUGGUGCUGUCUUUAUCACUCCAGAAAUGAUUGCUUCUCAGAUUAAUAAUUUUUUUAAAACUCUUUGCAUGCUUUUUAACUAGAGUACAACUAAUUCUACACUACUCAGUCUUAAUUAUUUCUGCUAUUUAAAAAAAAGGACCUAAAUUUACAAUACUUGGAUUUUAAUUAAGUGUCCUGCAAGGAUGGUUAGUUCUAUGACACUGAACUCUGUAAAAGACAGCGUGUCUAUGGACUGUUCAAACCAAGAUAUUGAUAAGUUUCUCGUGGCAGUAGAGUGCAAUGAAAAAUCCCCAGUAUCAAGUAGUGUUUUGCACUAUAUUCUCAAAUGUGCUCCACAGUCAAUUGUGAGUAAAAGGACAAGUGAUCUGAUUUAACAUCCUGCCCAUUUUUCACAGUAAACUCUGUGUCUUUGUAUCUGAGUUAGUAAGUCUGCUAGAGUAGGCUAGAAGGCAGCCACCACAUUGAUCCAUCAAGCAGAGCAUAAAGGAAAAAAAAUCCCUUAUAAAUCUUAAGACUUUUUGCUGUAACUUAUGUAGCCCUAACUAUGGGUUCAGUAGUGUGAUGCCUGCAAUUGUAGACAUAUUUGUUGAUGGAGUCCCAUUGCAGCAGCUAGCCAGAUAUCUACGUAAAUAAUUCUGUGAAAAAAAUAUGUUGAUAAUGCUUCCAAUGCUUCCAACUAUAGAAUUUUGUCAAAAAGUCUGUCUGGUGUAUUAGUGACCAUCCUUACAUGCACUGGGCUGUAUUUCGGUCCAGGCUCUCAACAAUAUAGUUGACUCAAGGCAAAAUUCUGUAAUGUUUAGCAGGGCACUCGGUCCAGGGGCAUUAAGUGCUUGCUUCGCUAGUGAGACCCACAUCUCAUGAGGGAUUAAAUUAAAUAUAUAAAAUUGGGAAGUGCUUGUUGUGUAUUUGUCCAGGAAUUGUUUCUAUCAACACAUAAAAAUCUAAAGGUGAAAUAUUUUUGUUACCCUCUCGGGAUAUGAGCAUCAUUUGCAAGACAUAAUUUAUUGGCCAUUGCCAACUGACUUGAGCAGGUGAUGGUAGCCCGUAUAGUGAGCUGUUUGGCUAGGGGAUUUUGAUCCAUUGGUGAUGAAGGAAUAAAAUGUGACUUGGACUUGACAAUCUCCCCCAUCCUAGACAGUGGGUUUUGAUGAGGCAAUGUAUGACUAUAAUUCCCACUUCCAGAAGUGGUGAUUGUGGAGAGGGUGGGACUGCUGUGUACGUACAUCUACUGAUGCUUCUGGACACAUCUUCAGUGAUGUUCCUGGAAUCAUCGGGUGUUUCGGAUCUUUCAACAUCAUACAACCUCCUCCAGGUGACCCAGCCGGGGCUGAUCAGACCCCAACUUGUGUCCAGAUGGCUAGCUACUUAUGACUCCAUGGCUCCCCUCUUUUGAGCCACAGCCAUCUUGAGGCCCUCUCUGCCGCAUCGGUGGUACUGCGGAUGGCUCUCCUCUUCCUCUCUCCCUCGAUGCCCAACAUGCUGAAGGCCCUAACUAAAGAACGGGCUACGAAUCCCCUACAACCAACCUCCACUGGGAGACACCUCGCUCUCCAUCCAGCCUGCUGACAGUUGCUGACCAGUCCUGCAUACUUGGAGAGCUUCCUUUCAAAUUUUUAAUGGAUUAAAAACGAUAAUCUAGAAUAGGUCAGGCUGUUUAGACACCAAGAAAUGAAAAGAUAGGUUAAGAAUGGAGGCGCCUUUCACAUGGACAAAGGUCAAAUUUCAAAAUAAAUUUAUUAUCCAUAUAAGUAUAUGUCACCACUGAGAUUCAUUUUUUUGCAGAAAUUCAUAGUAACACAUAUAAAUAUAAUACUCAGUGCAAAACUAUACACAAAGACUGACACCCAAGGUGUAAAAGAAGGCGAACUUCAACUAGAAAAACAAAACAAGCUAAUAUAGGAUGCUCCCCUUUAAAGGGCAACACUUAACUUAUGACCAUACUCUGCUGUCCAUUUCACUCUUUAUUUAAAAGCCACUGUGAUAUAAAGAGAAAAGCUCCAGGAUAAUUAAAGCUCAUGGCAAACUGCUAACCAGUGUGACUGCUUUCACUGUCCACUUUGUCUAGCAAUUACUCUGAGCAAAAAUAUGGUUUACCCUAACACAUCCUGGUCGGUAGAUAGUUGGUUGCGCAAGAUCUUUGCUUCAGGGACCUGGUGGCGUAUGCUCACAAAAAUACCUUAGCUGUUGGUUUAUAGGUAACCCCAGGACAAUUAGAAGGUCGGGCAUUGGUAUUAUUAAAUUACACAGUAAUGAAGAUCACAUUUGUGAUGUGGUUCCUUAGUUUUAUUUCAGAAAUUUCAUGUAAUUUGAGCAGUAUUAGAUCUAUCUACCAGGGUAAACAGUCAAGGCAGGUGGAGAAUGCAUCAUGCUGAGACUGUACAACAGGAAUUCGAUAUAUUCGCAAUAGGAGCAUGCUUUGUGGUUAACAAGGUGCUUAGAAUAAUGUAGCAUAGUUACUGGAUUUAGUAUUCCAGAGACAUGGAAUAGUGAUCCAAGUUCAUCAAUCCCACUACAAUUGCUGGGGAUGUUAAAAACAUUACAUUAAAUAAAUCUGUAUUUAAAAAUAAAAAAUCAAAAACUAUGAGUGAGUGAAACUCCGAAGUUGUUUGCUAACGAUUUUUUUGAAAAAGAAAUCUGUUCACUGACUUUUUCUAACCUGGCCUUCAAUGAAACCCACACCAAAAAAGUGCUCACUGAAAUGGCCUUGUUAAAACACUCAAUUUAGGAGCAACUUGCAUUGGGGAAGAAGUGCUGGAUUUUGUGAUGCCAGCAUCCUGUGAAGUGUUUUAAAAAUACAUAAUUAUAUCCAUUGGUUAUAUUUUUAUCACCCUGAAUGAAAGCAGUUACAGGUCCACAAUCCCUUAUCUGAAAUCUUUGGGGCCAGUUGCAUUUCAGAAUUCAGAAUUUUUGGGAUUUCAGAAAAUUUAUAAUUAAUCUGUUUCAAUGCGGAUGGACUUUAGGACCCAGGGGAGCUCUGGACCUGCACACAUCCUCCCGUAUACUUUAAAUCAUCUCUAGAUUACUUAAUACAAUGUAAAUGCUAUUGUAAAUAGUUGUUAUACUGUAUUGUUUAGGGAAUAAUGACAAGAAAAAAAGUCUGUAUAUACUCAAAAGACGAGUGCUGGAGAGAGAACUUCCGAGUUUUCCUGAUCCGUGGUCGUUUACAAAUACUAUUACAGUUUAUUUAUAAAGUAAUAUACUGUUAAAUGAAAUAGUGGGAUAAUUAUAGACCAUAAAUACACUAGUACAUUUUAUUUCCAACAAAAACAUUCAAUAAAACAUAAAAAUAUACAGCUUAAAACGAACCGAAUCAAACACAUGGUAAAUGACUUAUGGAAUAAAUGUAGAACGUAAAUACUCUAGGACAUAUACAGGUUCAGACUAAGCUAAAUACGUACAGGUACCUGGUGGGCCAGGAACAGGAUUCUCAAGUUAUGAAGCAGCAGUACAACAGACGGCGUUUUUAACGACUUCUUCAAGUGUCAUCUGUCUCAUUAACAUAGGUUUACGUCUAAGCAAUCUCUCUUUAACUGAGUAAACUGCCGUAAUCUGUUGCUCACUGAUAAAUGCAUGUUGUUCAAGGCCAGCAAUUAACCGAUCACACAUUUUCACCAUAUCGUCUAUGCGGAUUUUUUCACCUGUGUUCACUAUGUCAUCAUCAUCACUACUAUCUUCAUGCUUAUCUGUAUUUAACACCAUUUCAGCAGUUUCCCCAUCACUCAAGGAAUGCACAACAGAUGCAUCAUUGUCAAUGUUCAGCAUUUCUUUGAACAAGGCUGUAAUAUAGAUGUCACAUUGGGGGGCAAGUAAGUUGCGAAAACAUGACUUUUCAGAAGAAGUUCAGCAGGGGGAUGUGCGGAGCAGUUGUCCGGGAACAAUAAAAUUUUACAGAUUUCUUCCAGUCCAGCUUGCCUGCAUUGAGCUCGUGCCUCUGGUACAAAGUGAUUAUUGAACCAGUCAGAAAACAUUUCUCGGGUUACCCAUGCUUUCUAGUUUGCACAAUAAUGCACAAGUAAAUUGUGUACACCUUUCAGAUAUCUCAGAUGUUGGCUUUUUCCAGUCACUGCCAACUUCACCUUGUGUGUGCCUGCUGCAUUGGCACACACAAGAAUAGUUAACCUGUCCUUAGCAUCUUCAAAGCCUGUUGGUGCUCUCUCAUCAGCCGUUGUUAAUGUUUUUCUAGGAAUGUACCGCCAGUACAAAGCUGUUUCAUCAGCAUUGUUAAUUUUUUUAUGGCUAAGGUUUUCAUCAGAUAUUAUCUUGGCAAAUUCGUCAAUGUAAUUUUCAGCUGCUUCAUGAUCAGCAAAAGCUUUUUCACCACAGAUUUUAAGAUAUUUUACACCAUGAGGCUUCUUAAAUUUCUGCAGCCAACCCUCUGAAUAUUGACAGUCACCUUCAAUGUUCAGUUCUUCAUGGUAUAUUUUAGCUUGUUUCAUGACCAACAUGCUAUUCAUUGGCAUACGUUCACUUCUUCGUUGUCUAAUCCACUCAAUCAAUGCACAGUCAAGAUCUUCAUUUUUUUGCCCUAUGUAGUGUUUUCCUGUUUUUCAUUAAUUUAUGGUCAUCACUGUCACUAUAAAACUUCAGUAACUUGCCUUUCUGUUUCUUUAAAUCAUAUACAGUGGUAGUUCCGACACCAUAUUCUUCAGUAAGAUGCCGCACAGACACACGACGAUCAAGCUUCUGCACUUUCUACGUUAUUGAUAAUGAUAGAUGCUUCCUUCUAUUUUUCUCAUUCUUACCUGCAGGGGUAUCUGCAGCUCUUUUUGACAUUUUCACAGUGAAAUUAAAUACAAAGUCAACAGUGAACACAAAAUAUCAGCGAACAGCAAAUGCACGUGUAACCAUCAUGAGUGCUGAGCCACAACUGACGUCUGGUGGCCUCUGCUAGUGCUGCCACGUCACACCUGAGCGACGUCAGCUGUUGGUGCACCAAAUGAGCCUUGUUACGACACGUUCCAUACUACGAAAAAAACUUCGGUUUUCAGAUUUCAGAAUUUCAGAUAAGGGAUUGUGGACCUGUGCCUUUAAUAACUUGUAUUUAUUGAAGCCUUUAACAUAGUAACAUGGCCCAAGGUUUUUCACAAGUAUGUUACCAAAUGAGGUUUGAUGCCAAGAAACAGAAUGGGGCAGCUAAUAAAGCUUGGUUGUAGAACUAGAUUUUAGGCAGUGUCUUCAAGGAGGAAAGGUUGGUGGAGAGGCUUUAAGUGGAAUUCCAAAAGUUGGGGUCCAAGCAAUGGUGGAAUAAAGGAAGUGCCUCUGAAGUGUUGAGUUGAAGGUCUGUUGGCUGUUGAAGGUUAUUCUAGAGGUCUUUGCCAUUGUCAAGUAUCCAUUAUAGCUCUUCUUCUGACUGAUCAAUUAAGCAUGAUAGCUUUAAAUAACUAUCGAAUCAAUGGAGUUCUUUGUAUCUAAUUCUGUUGCUCAAAUCUGCACAGUUCUUCUGCUCCCUAACUUCACUGAAGGAUUGGAAUAAAACAAGUUGCCAUCUUUCAGAUGACAAGUGAAAUUAUCUUACCUGUACUGCCUAAUGAAUGUGUUGCACUGCAGGGUCAUAGCUCAGAGCUCAAGUCUUGGGACAAUGAAGUUUUAUUUUUAAAAAAAGGAUGGCAAGGUUUUUUUUCCUCCAGGGUUUUGCAAUAAAUAGUUGUUGACUCUCUGCUCAAAUCAAUCAGGCCAGUUGGAAAAUUCAACCAGGCAGUUCUAUUAUUUAGCAUCCUUACAAUGUGGAAACAGCUUCCCUGUCAGUGAUGCAUAGGGUGUCAUUCUUUGUGCAGUGCUCCCUUUGAUACUCUUUAGGUCCAAUUGGACAGUGUUUCUGUGGAGCUGCGAUUACUAACACUUCUAGGACAACUUGAGAGGCUUCAGGUAAGUGAGAACUCCUAGUAGUAAUCCCAACAAAUACUACUAACCUUGCAAUUAUCACCCAACUCCAAGAUUCAGUUUCCUACACAAAAGCAUCAUCUUCCUCCCCUUGGUGUUCACCUGCCCCACCUCACACCCUACAUCUCCAUUCGCCCCAGCAACCCACCCAAGCACCAGGGUCUCGUGUCCUUCAUUCUGUAAUCGUUACCAGCCAAGGGCCUGAUGCUAAACGCACAAGUCCACCCUUAGAGGAGUGUAGUGGACAGCACAUAACCAGUUUAUUAAGACCAAAGCCUUGGUCAUGGGAACAUUGUCAACUGGUGAGGUAGUAAUAUUCAUUGUCCUGCAGCCUGUUCUCAAUGAGUCCCACAAGUCUGGGGGACUAUAGAUCACCUUGGGUGAGGGUGAGAUAGAAGGGUUUUCAACCAGAAAAUAUAUAUGAUUUUUCUAGAGAAUGCAGUUAGAGGAACUACUGCUCAUCUGCUGAACAGAUUGGAGCACUGAGUGAGAAGGGAUAUUUGCACUGUAAAUGCGUAGGACAAAAAUUCCACUGGCUUCUCUAAAAUGAGUGGGUGUUGGAAUGAUUUGUUUGUUAGCAGUGUUUGAAGGCUGUUAAGUCUGCUGUGGUGAAGGUGUUGAUUGCAAAAGACCACAUAUGCCAAGUUGCUAAUCUCACUUUAUCAGGGAAAAUGGCUGAAUUUUGUUGCAUCGGUAUUCUUGUAUCAUCAUGAUUGAGCUUCCUGGUAAGAUAUGAAAAUCUGUGUGGCCGUGGCUGGUGGGACAUUAUUAGACAUUAAGAAAAUUAAGUAGAUAGUUAGGGUUUUAAAAGUUUGAUUUUUUUUUUUUUUUUUUGGUGGCAAUUUUCAAGCAGGUAAUUUGGAUUUCACCCAAGAUUUAAUUUAGUAAGAAAUUGAAAGGGUUUUCGCUACUGUGGUUGGUAUUGGGAUUUUCAGUGUGGAACAACUAGUAAUGUUCUUCGGCUUCCCCUCAAGAAUCUUUGCCUUUCCUUUGAAUCAAUUUCAACCCCAUCCCACUGUAGCAAAAGAAGGUGUUAAUUGUUUUCUGACAUUUCCAAGAAAGAUGUAAAGGAAAUGUAGAAGCCUAUUUCACUGCUGCCUUUCACACCAUAGACUAACUGUGCAAUCAUGGUGACCAUUAAUCAUGGUCAGUUCAGUCAAUUUGCCAUGUCAACUAAACCAUAUAUUCUAGUUAUAAGUCCUGAACUGCCGCCAUUCCCCUUCACUGUGACGGGGUGAAGGAACACAGGCCUUGAAUCUAACCACUCUCUAAUCGUGCCAUUCCACUUUAAAAGGAAUAGGCCAUAAAAUAGCUUAAAAGGCACGUGUCUGGGAACAGUGAGUGAGAGCUGAUGAGUUCUUGCUGAUUGUAAAGGCAGAUUGCUGAAGAAAUUGUAAAUGUUAUAGGUUUAUUAUGCUAAAUAUUAUUUGCAUUGUGUAUGUUCUCCCUGUUAAGGAUGUUCUCCUUGUCUUCGGUGUUGUAGAAGGCUUGGGCUCCUCCUAGAGUUAGUUGAAUCUGAUUGGACCUUCCUCCAGAAUUCUGAUCCAUUGAUUUUGUUUUAAAAUAUCUGUCAGAAUUCCUCCUCAACUUUUUAUUAAUGUACAUAUCUGGAUGGUCUUUGGGUGUGUGAAGUAUAUUGAAACAUUGCAAUUUUCAUUGAUUUGAAGUAAUGUUUUGAUAUCUAUCAUUGUACAUAAGAAUUCCCGAGUUGGACAGGUUUGUAGAAUACCAACUCCAAAAUAUUAUUGUUAAUUCACAUGUAGAAAUCCUAAUUUAUUCAUGAAUUGGAGAUACUUACCCAAGCCCUUUGAAAUUUCUUCCACAGGAUUUACUAUUGAAAUUAAAUGUUAAAAUUAUUAAAAUAGACUUUGUACAUUGUUCGGGUCUGAAAAAUUCAUUUGUCGCAAGUACUUUGGGCCACUAUUUAAUAUUGAAUUGGGAUUUCUACAGAGAGACAGGCUCCGAUAAAAAUACAAAAAGCAGAAGUAGGCCAUUUGGCCUCUCCUCCCUGUUGCACAAUUUCUUAAGAUUAUAAAUUGAUCUUUUAAUUCUGUACCACUUUCCUGCAUUAAUUCCACAUCCUUUGGUUCCCUUCAUGUCCACAAAUCCUCUGUCUUGAUUAAACUUCACAACCAAGCCUCUACAGCCAUCUUCAUUAGAGAAUUUUGAGAAUUCGCCACCCUCUAGACCAGGGGUUCCCAGGUUUUUUAUGCCAUGGACCCCAGACUGAGACCCCAGGUUCUCAACCCUGCUCUGGAUGAAGAUCUUUCUUCUUUUCUCUGAUUGGUCAACACCUUGUUUCGAAGGUGGCCCCUGUUUCUAGAUACCCAAACCAGAGAAAAUGUCGUGUCCUGGUAAGGCCCAUUAAGAAAUUUGCACAUUCCAAAGAGAUGACCUCUCAUUCUUCUAAACAUGUACAGGCCUAGCCUGCUUAAUCGUCCUGCAAUGGCACUACAGUGAGCCCCAAGGGAUCUGUGUCAUUGCUAUACCAUGAGUAACACCAUAACGGAUACACUGGUGCCUAGAACAUAAGGUGGUAUCCACUGCAGUGCAGAACAUAUAGGUGCAGGUUCAGUCUCAGUGUGGUGUUUAUUCAGAUGCUGGGUUUGUACACAGUUGGCCAGAUGGAGUAGAGGAGCACUAAUCCUGUUUACUAUCCACUAUCCUUUAGUGAUUGGAUAUUCAUUGAGCUCAGCAUUAGGCUCAGAAGUUGAGCAUCUUGCCAAACAAAAUUGUAACUGUUAUAACUUGAAUGCCAAUAGAAUUGCAUCUGUUUUUAGGGCAGGGAGGGGUGGAAUGGUGUCCACAGAAAACUAUAAAAAGGGUUGAGAGGAUGAGAGUGGUUCAAGCCUUCAACUACCUCAGAACAGGAGAACAUUCCUCCUUUCUCUCUGCCCAUGGUAUGGCUACUGUGGCAGGAAGCCUGGUCUGUAAAUACUUGCUACAUUUAACAUUUAAAUAUUCAGUGUUAGAACUGAUUUUCUUUUUCUCAGCUGGAAGAAUCUCAAUAGCUUUUAGAGUAACUACAUGGGAACCUGCACUAAUAGCCACCUCAGAGUGGCAGUGUUUUAAAACAGUUUUAAAAAAUUGCUGCAUUUUAAAUAAAAAUAAUAAAUGUCUUGUUGAGUUUUUUUUUUCAGUUGUGAUGUCCUGCAGUCAUUUCCAUGGAGAAACAAAAAAAAAUAAAAACACAAAUU